AUGGAGUCCUGGGACAACAUCUCUACACCCUCGGCCUCGGCAGCUUAUGGAGCAUCCGAUGGGGCGUGCCCGUCUGACCCUACCGACGCACUCUGCCAUCCAUACGAGGACGCGUAUCUCGAGUCCUCCACUGGCAGGGUCGCGUCCUCAUACAACGAGGCAUCCUACGCGGAUUCGCACCUGGCGUCCUUCUCGAGAACCGACCCCUCCACCGGGCGGCACAAGUUCGCAGUGGUCAACCCUGCUGACCUCGGACCUGCCCCGUGCUCCCUUCCCACCGGCCGUGAGGAUGACAUCCUAUCCUCUCCCUCGUACGGGUGGAUCGAUCUGGCAAGGGAAGGCGCAACUACAGCGGACUCCGUUUACCCCCAGCCAUCCUCGAGCUCGUACAACGGAGCUUACUCGCUCAUGCCAGUCUCGGACACCGACGAUAUGCUGUCCAGGCCGUUGGGGAUCCCUUCUGACACUGGACUGUUCGUUGGCCACUUCACCGAGCGCGAGCCGCUGCGCCCCCAGGCCACCGCUGCCCCAACCAUGAUGGGCUGCAAUUACUCCAACCUCCCCGACCACGCGCUCGACACGCAGCACCUCGCGCACGGCCUAAGCAGUCGCCGCGGUGGUGUGUGUGCCCCGUCGCGCUACGACUUCGCUUCUAGCUCAAUCUACAGCCUGAACCACGCAUACGGCACGCAGGCGCAGGAGUUGCAGGCUCCUGAGGUCAACCGGGCCCAGAAGGUCGACUAUAUGGCCGCGGAGGCCCUAGGUCUCGACCAUGCAGCGCUGCUUUCACCACCCAAUGUCACGCCGGGCACGUCCGGUGUGGGAGGUGCCCCGGUCACUCAAGCCUCCAUUAUGGGUACUGAACGACCCACUGCGAACGGACGCAAGAAGUACCUAUGCAACGGAGGUCAUCGCACAACCGAAAACAGCAUCUCGCGACGCACGACCUCGCCCGGGUUCGAUACUGCUGCCCCGGGCCUCAGCUCGGCUACCACUGCAGACCCGGUCUCUCGUGGAGCCGCCGAGGCGAUAUGUGGGACCACGUCCGAGACAAACAUCCCGGCUGCCCCGCGCCUCCUAAACAGAAACGAGACAAAAACAACGAACCGCGGCGCUCCGAGCCGCCCCUCUAUUAGUAGUUAG